AUGCUUAAACGCAAACUCGACGACGUCCGCGGCCGCGCGCCCGCGCGGCCCAGCGACACCCGCAAAAUGUCCAUUCACGGUACGCGGCUGACACAGAUGUUCGAGAACGGCGUGGUGAUGAUCACACGUGCGCUCAAGACAUCGCGCGGUUUCGAGCGACAAAAACUCAGUCGGCGAGAGAAGACGGCGAAAUCACAGAAGGAUGAUAAGGCGUUGGAGCGCAUUAAGGAAGAAAUCGAGACCUUGAGAGGUCUCGACUACCAUGCCGUUUCAGAGCGAUACCUGUUCAAACAACUGAUCAGGACAAAGCGAAUUGCCGAGACGAAGACAUUCAAAGAAUUCCAGGAAGUCAAGAAAGUCUCCCAGGAAGGUCCGAAGAGUACUGCCGAAGCCAAUAUUCUUGCGCGACUAUUCAAAUCCGCAGUAGUGCAGAAGGAAAUUCCCGGGAUCAUGGGGGGUAUCAAGAAGUUACUGCGACUCGACGAUGCGCCGAAUGGAACGACAAAGAAAGAAGAGAACAACAAGGACAAGCCAACAAAGAAGUCACGAAAAGACCAGAGCGGCUCCGAGUGCGAAUCGGAAGCAGCGACGUCCAAGUCCCGGCGCGGCGAGCAGGUCUUCCGGUCAGAACAGGACAUGGAUAUCUCCGGCUCCGAGGAAUCCGGAGACGAAGAUAUGUCACAGUUCACGUCACGACUUGCACCAGAUUCCGACGCAGACUCGGAAUCAGACGACGAGGAAGAUCUCGACGAUAACGAUAUCUCAGACUCUGUCUCUCGCUCCCCUUCACCAUCCUUUUCAGGCUCAGACUCGCCGCCACCCAAGAAAGUAAAGGGAGUCAAGGGUUCUACGGCUCCGGUGCAGAGUACGACGUUCCUGCCGUCCUUGAUGCACGGUGGUUACUGGUCUGGAUCGGAAGAAGCUACUGACGAGGAAGGUGCUGGCGGUAAGCCUGUUCGCAAGAACCGUAUGGGUCAGCAGGCGCGUCGGGCUUUGUGGGAGAAGAAGUUCGGAGCCGCUGCGAAUCAUAUCAAGCAAGAGCAGAUGGCUGCGAAGUACGGUGGUAGAGAUAAUGGAUGGGAUACGAAACGCGGUGCAACUGACGGUACGCGGGGAGGGAGAGGUGGGAGAGGCGGAAGGCGUGGUGCAUUCGGUGGUGGGAUUGGAAGACCUCAGCGUGGGGAUGAUUCUGCUGGUGCUCCCGCUGGAAAGUUCGCUGGUAAGCCUAAGCCUAAACCAUCUAAGGAUGAUGAGGGCCCGCUGCAUCCCUCUUGGGAGGCGAAGCGGAAGGCCAAGGAGCAGACUACGGCUGCCUUUGCUGGAAAGAAGGUUACGUUCGAUUAG